AUGGCAAAGCGUUCCGUAGAGGUCAUCCUCAAGUAUCGUUUCUCGAACCGCAAAUUGCUUGACAAAGCAUUGCUCCCUGUAGGCGCGCCGGUUUCCAACAAACAUAUACAAGGCGAAGCGGAAGGCAAUAAGCGUCUCGCUCUCUUAGGAGACUCCGUUCUACAAGAAGCUGUACCACAGAAGACUGCUGCGUCAACGGUUGAAGCACUAGUGGGAGCAGUUUAUCUAGACUGUGGAAAGGACAUAUCGAAGGUCAUGCAAGUCCUCGAGGCUAUUGGGUUUUUCACAGAGUAA